AUGAAUUUCAGAGUCGAUGCCAUCAUCAUCGGUGCCGGCUUUAGCGGCUGCUACGCCUUGUAUCGCCUCCGUCAGCUCGGCCUGCAGGCUAAGAUCAUUGAAGCAGGAAGUGAUUUUGGUGGAGUUUGGCAUUGGAAUCGAUAUCCAGGAGCUCGCGUCGACGGCGAUUGCACCGUUUAUCAAUUUAGUGACCCGGAGAUAUGGCAGGGUUGGGAAUGGCGGGAGCGCUUCUCCAGCAGUGACGACCUCCGUCGGUACUUCCAACAUGCGGCCAAAUUGAUGGAUUUGCGCAAAGACACCAUCUUCGACACCUCAAUCACUCGAUGUGAAUAUGAUUCCGGAACAGGAUCGUGGGUCAUCCAUACCGCUCAAGGAUGGCAUACUGUCUGCACGUAUCUCAUUCCAGCCGUCGGAGCAACCGUGAAGCCAUUUAUCCCCUCCAUUCCAGGCUUAGACCUUUUUGCGGGAACAGUUGUUCAUCCAUCUCGAUACCCCAAGACUCUUGACGUCUAUGGCAAGAGCGUGGGAAUAGUCGGAAAUGGCUCUAGCGCCGUACAGUUGGUCCAGGCGUUGAAGAAGCAAGACGCUAAGCUUACCGUCUUUAUCCGUAAGCCCUGUAUCGGAAUACCGAUGCGUCAACGAGAUAUCUCGUACGGAGAAGCAAUGAUGCAGAAAUCGUUCUCGGAAGCCAUUUUCGAGAAGACGCGGCGGUCGGAAGCAUCGUGUGCAUAUAACAAUGCACGGGGGUCUGCUCACGACUUUACCGCCGAGGAGCGAAGAGCCAUAUUAGACGAAGUGUGGCGUCGGGGUGACUGGAAUAUUCUCCUUGCCAGCUUCUCAGACUACGCGGUCGAUGAGACAGUGAACUCGUUGCUCUAUGAUUACUGGGCACAGCAGGUACGGUCGCGCAUGACAGACCAACGCAAAAUGGAUCUCGUUGCGCCUCUUAAGCAGAACCAGUGGUGGGCAACCAAGAGGCCUUGUCUGGAGCAGAACUACUAUGAGGUGAUUGAUGAUCCCGAUGUCAAUGUGCACGAUCUACAUAGCGCCCCGAUUGCAGAAGUCGAGGAUCGGGGCAUCGUAACCGGUUUUGGGCCUGACGAUAGGGAGCAUCAUCGCCUAGAUGUGAUCAUUUUUGCAACAGGCUACGAUGCUUUCACGGGCAGUUUACUUGAUAUCGGACUGAGGGACCGACACGGGCAGACUCUUCGGGACAAGUGGAGUGGUGGGAUUAUCACUUAUUUAGGAAUGAUGAUCCCUGAUAUGCCGAAUCUUUUCGUGAUCAACGGGCCCCAGUCUCCGGCCUCGGUGACCUGCGGUCCACCUUUUCUCGAACAGCAGGUUGAUUGGGUCUGUCAAAUUAUUGCCAAGAUGAAGGAUGAGAGGUUUGAAAAAGUGGAAGCGACCCAGGAGGCAGCUGAUGAGUGGGGCAACGAAAUGCACGCAGUCGCAGACGCCACAUUAAAUAUGCGCACUGAUUCUUGGUGGAAUGGGGCAAAUAUUCCAGGAAAAUUCAGGGAACCACUGGUCUACUUUGGGGGGUACAACGAUGGAUGA